AUGCUCAAAACCAAGCGGUUUCACGCAGGUGCAUUUGGACACAGGGCUCUCACGCAGAUCAAAGAGGUCUAUCGAGAGUGCUGCCGCCUUGAUGGACCCGAAGAAGAAGUCUGGCUUUAUGGCUUCAGCCGUGGCGCAUUCGUUAUCAGAGCCGUUGCUGAUAUACUCCAUUACAUAACCACCCUUACAUCAGCCCAUCUUUCAUCUUUCAAUAACGAUUACAACGUAGCCUUCAAUGCGUAUAAGAGGCUACAGAGACAGGACAACUUCGGAGAGGACCAGAUCUACAAUAUGUUUGCUGCCAACACAAGAGCUGCACCCACGAUUCAAUUUGUUGGGGCACUUGACACGGUCAAGGCGGUCGAUGAUGACUGUUUUUUACGACUUAUCUUUCAACCAUUCUAUUCGACAUAUGAGACAUGCACUGGCGCUCAACGAGCACAGGAAAGCGAUGCGGCCAGAGUACAUCUAUCCGAAUUUCCACAACAGGACAAGAUGUUUGCCAUGAAAAUGCACGACAUUAGACGCGUUCACAAAUAUCCUGGACAUCAUGGUACCCGGUACGCUGUCCAGCUAUAUAAGAUGCGAGCUACGCUGUGGCCAAAGGAGAAUCCACCUCAAGGGGUAAUCUUGCACCCUUCGGUUGACUUUGUGUUUGACGAGCACCUCAAUGUUUAUCUCGACGUGGCACAUUUUCCAUUGCGCACUUUACUGGAGCAGUGGAGAUAG